UACAGUAUUCUGGUCAGCAGCUUCACUUUUGGAUCAUGAGCAGAAGUCUCGAUAGCCACGUGCGUUUGUUUUCAAUAUGGCGGCCGAUUUGACUUAUGAGGGUUGCAAUUUCUUCCGACAAAGACUUGUUUUAGCGACGCUUAGCGGAAAAUCGGUGAAAAUUAAAAACAUAAGGGCUAUUGAAGAUGAUCCUGGUUUGAAAGAUUUUGAGGCUAGCUUUAUACGACUGCUGGACAAGUUAACAAACGGAUCUAGAAUAGAAGUAAACGAAACAGGUACAACGCUCUUUUAUAAACCUGGUUUGCUAGCAGGAGGUCCCAUCGACCAUGACUGCAAUCCUCAACGUUCUAUUGGCUACUACUUAGAGGCUGUGAUAUUACUAGCACCGUUUUGCAAAAAACCUAUCAGACUGACUCUAAGAGGAGUGACAAAUGACAGACAUGAUCCAACGGUCGACAUCAUUAAAACUGUAACUAUUCCUCUGGUAAAGAAAUUUGUGGUUGAUGAUGAAGGACUUGAUCUGAAGAUUGUAAAAAGAGGAGCUCCUCCUGAGGGGGGAGGUGAAGUGGUUUUCUCUUGUCCUGUAAGAAGAACCUUACGACCCAUCCAAUUUACAGAUGCUGGUAAAAUAAAAAGAAUACGAGGUCUUGCUUAUGCGAUGCGAGUGUCACCUGCGGUAUGCAACAGAGUGGUAGAUGCAACGCGUAGUGUAUUAAAUCAGUUUGUCUCUGAUAUCUAUAUUUAUACUGAUCACUGCAAGGGAGCUCAAUCAGGAAAGUCACCAGGAUUUGGCAUCUCAUUAGUAGCAGAAACCACAACUGGUGCCAUGCUGAGUGUACAGACAGCAUCCACCCCAGCAGGGGAGGGUAAGUCUGUUGUCCCUGAGGAUCUUGGCAAGCAGGCAGCUGAAAUGUUACUUGAAGAAAUUUACAGGGGAGGUUGCAUUGACUCUCGACAUCAGAGUCUUGUGUUUCUCUACAUGAUCCUUGGACAAAGAGAUGUUUCCAAAAUACUGACUGGACCACUGACACCAUACAGCAUCCAGUUCUUAAGGCAUUUGAAAGAGUUUUUUGGAGUAAUGUUCAAAAUUGAAGCACAACAAGGUGAUGACAAUGACAGAGAGACAGGAGGAGAAAACAAAGUCCUGUUAUCAUGUGUUGGAGUGGGAUACACCAACAUCAACAAGGCAAUGGUUUAAGUGUCAGACUAUUUUCUAAAUAAUUCUGUAAAAAUAUAAAUAAAAGAAAAUAAAAUGUUAUGCAAAGUGGUAAUAAAUAUUUGUUUAUCUGGAACUAAGACACUCAUGUCCAAUAUACCAGUUCAUGAAUAGGACUGUAUGAUUUGUCAAAAGUUGUAGUGAAGUUGAUCCAUUGAUGAUCUGUAAAAUUAUAUUCAGUUUCUGAUCUCGUUAACGUAAUUUCACCAUUGAAUUGUACCAGGUGUCAAACUGUUUUACCCUCGGUACUCAGACUGAAAUGCAACAAUAUUCUUAGUCCCACAAUGACAUGGAAUGAAUGGAUUGUCAAUCUCCACCAUAUUUGCCAAAUGUGUAAAUCUUAUUAAUAAGUGCACAGAAUGGUAAAAACAACCAUUUGUAUGGAGGUGCAGUGGCCUCAUGGUUAGUGCCCUAGACUGUGGGUUCAAGCCCUGGCCAAGGACAUUGCC